AUGGCUAGGAACAGACCAGGGAGAGGGAAGAAUGAAGGCAGAUCGUGGCAACCCAGGCGUGAUGAUAACAAGUUCAAGAGGCCCGGGAAUCCUCGAGGAAAUGGCAACAGGGCUCCCAAUUGCCCCAAAUGUAGGAAGGCACAUUUCAGAUAUUGUUUGAGCGGAUCGAUGAAAUGCUUCAAGUGCAGCCAAGAUGGACACUUCAUCAAAGAUUGUCCUCAAUGGAAUGAACAACAACUAGCAGCGGAGGCACCAAGGAUGGGCAGAGUCUACACGCUAGACCAACAUGUGGCGGACCAGGCGGCCGAACUAGUUAAAGGUACGAUUAAUAUAUGUGGUGAGGAACUAUCUGUGUUAUUUGACUCUGGAGCAACCAAUUCCUUCAUUGCCGACUAUGUGGCAAAAGCCUUUAACUUAACCAUAAGCCCAAUGCAAUCCCCAAUGCAAGUUACCUCUGCGACGGGGGAAGUGACAAUGUCUCACUUCGCAUGUAAAAAUGUAGAAUUCAGAUAUAAAGGAAAGAAGUACAACCAAGACUUCAUAAUCCUCCCCUUAGCCAAACUGAACCUGAUAUUGGGAAUGGAUUGGCUGGCCAAACAGCACGUAGUAAUUGAUUGUAGCAGCCGAAGUAUAAUAGUCGGCGGGGACAUGAUGGAGACCCCACUCCCCAAUACUCCACCGGUCGAAUCAGGAGAUUGCACUUUCAUGCUAAUAGCUGGUCUAGUAGGUGCGAGCGAGACACCGUUGAUGAACAUUCCCGUGGUCAAAGAAUUCGAGGAUGUAUUUCCUGACGACAAUACCACCUUUCCCCCUGAAAGGGAAGUGGAGUUUUCUAUUGAACUUAUUCCCAGGACUGGACCAAUCUCAAUUGCACCCUACCGUAUGUCUCCCCUUGAAUUGGUAGAAUUGAAGAAGCAGCUAGAAGACCUGCUAGGGAAGAAUUUCAUCUGA